CCCUAAAUUACAAGAUUUAUUUUGCAACCACUAAGUAAGUUACUUAAUACAUUCUUUAAAUCAAGAAACUCAAUUAGCCACAAAUUUAUUAAAUUUCUGACUUUCGUUAUAAUAGAAAUUAUUUAAUUUGUUACUGCUACCAUUCUUCUAACUGCUAAAAAAUCAUUUCUAAAAUAUGAGUUUGUUACCUCCUGCAGCUAUGUUCAACGACCACAUCAAUAGUUCAUUCACUCCUACUCAUUUGAGAUCCCAUUCAUUUCAUGAACUAUUAAAUCAAGUUAAAUCUUCUGUUGCAAAUCCUUCUAAUCCACUGUACGUGAAAAAGAGAUCUCAUAGUGAUCUUUUACAUGAAUCUUCUGAUCAAUUUGAUUAUCCAGGUACUAAUAAAAGAUCUCGUACAGCUCCUCCUUCACCUCCUUAUGAGUUUAGCCCAUUGCAUACAUUUUCUUCAACCUCAGAAGAUAAAAAGUCUCAUACUUUAAUUUCUGAAGCAUCUAGAUCUAAAUCAUUAUCACCAAACAAGAAAUUUUUAAAUCCAUUAUCACCAUCUAGUUCCCCUCAAGCAGCUACAACCACACUUCCAGUGAUUGAAAAGCUUAAUACGAAGUCAGAUACAGAUUCAUCCUUUAAUUCUACAAAAAUAAAAUUACCCAGCAUUUCAACAGCAUUAAAUUUACCUUUAAAGUCAAUCACUCCAACAGUGUCUCUUGAUUAUUUUGAUACAUAUAAACCUAAUGAUGAAAAUUGGAGAUUCGAAUUGUUAGAUACUAUUAACAAAAAAUCUAGAUUCUUUCAUCUCAAUCAAUAUAAUUAUCUUAACAGUCAUUCAUCUCCAUUAUCAUCAACAUCAUCGUCAUCAUUAGCGUCAUACUCCCUUAAGCCAAACUUCGACUCCAGAAUUAGUUCGAAAAUCACAAAACAUCCAACUUUAUUGCCAAGUGUGAAACAACCUCAUUAUGAAAGGAAAAUCAAUUUCCCUUAUGAAUCAAAUUAUACUUACUUGAACAAAACAUAUCUUAACGAUGUUGCAAAAUAUCCCGAAUAUCUUGAAUUGGCACAAUCUUUAAUUCAAUUAUCUCGACCACUGCAACACAGAACCCCAUCACACUCUCAUACAUCUCCUCAACAACAUUCUCAAGAAGUUACAGAAGCCACUUCUCCUCAACAGACUCCCCAACAAAAUUAUCAUGGAUAUUCAGCCGUUAGUCCAACUGGCUUUCAAAUCCCAACUAUGGCAAUUCAUGCACCACCUCCAAUAAAUACAGUCUUGACUAAUCCACCUUCUUUCUACUCAAGAAAAGAAUCGUCAUCUUAUAUCACUCAACCACAUUCUUUAUCUGGUUCUGAUAUUCCAGCAUCUACUCCUGUUACUUCUAUGUCACAUCGUUUUAUUCCUAUAACUCCACCUUCUUCAACUAAAGCAAAAUCCAGAUCCGAAUUAUUAAAAUCUCCUCCAAAACAGCAUAGUCAUAAUCCAAGAGUCUGUAUAUCUUGUGGCGCUGACCAAUCUCCAUGUUGGAGACCUUCAUGGUCUAUCAAGGAAGGUCAACUUUGUAACUCAUGUGGGUUAAGAUACAAGAAAACAUCUGCUCGUUGUUUAAACAGCAAUUGUAAAAAGAUACCAGCUAAAGGUGAAUGGUCAUUAAUGCAAAGUAAAGGUGAGGUUCAAUUUGAAGAUGGUAUUGAUGGUUAUAGUUGUUUGGAAUGUGGAUGGAGAGUCGAAGUUAAAAGAGGAAUCAAUUAAGUGUUCUAAUGAAACUCAAUAAUUAAUGCCCAUCUUAAAGCAUAUUAAUACACCUAGUAAGUGUUAUUACAAGUAUGGGUUGAGUUACUAUCAUUCAUUCUCCAAUAUAUAUUCAAUUUUUUACAUAGUUUUUGGUGUCUUCACGACAAAUCAUUCUUUCUAUUCUUCCGUCAACUUUUAAGUUCAUUGUUUACGAUACAUGUAUUAGGACUAUAUUCAUUCAUUUACCAUUCAAUUCUUUUAAUUCAAUUCUUAGUAUUUAUAUAUCUUUAAUAUAAUAUUUAAUAACAUGGUAAUUAUUC